UCGUUUAAUUUAUUUAUUUAUUUAUUUAUUUAUUUUUUAGAAAUUGAAGUACAUAAAUCGGUCUAUCCGUUUAUAUCGGUUUCAUAAGCCUCUUCAAUCGUUUAAUGGUCAAUCAAUCAUGGUCAACACUCUUACACUUCUGACGAACGAAUGCCUGGUCGCUAGCUGCAGCUUCCCAUCGAUGUAGGCACUCGAUCUUCGAGGUUUUACUUCACCUGAUCUAGCCAUCGAACUCGCUGUGCUUCCUUGCUUCUAGUACCGAACUGAGUGCCGCUUUCGAACACCUUGCUGUUGGGGCACGAGUCUGGCAUCUUUACAACAUGUCCCAGCCAUCGCAAACAGAUAUGUCCGACGCGCCAUACGGCUUCAGUAAGCUCGUGGUUGAUCAUUCGCAUCCACACCCCAUGCUCGAAUGCACCGCUUAAGAUGAUCCGGAGGAUGCGUCGGCCGUCGUGUUUCGCCGCUGUCCUUUGCAUGCUAUAAAGUAACACACUUAUUCAUCGCAGCACGAGCGCAACGUGAUACAUCGUGACAUCAUCCGGAAAACUUGCAGCUGGGGCACGGUGGUGAUCUGAAGAUAGAUUUCGGUUGGUCCGUGUAUGCGCCGACCUUGUUCCGGUACGACGCUGUGCAUUUCGCUCGACUAUUUAUCGCCCGAGAUGGUGCAUGGUCAGCCGCACAUAAAAACUGUCGAUCUAUCGAAUUUGGGCGUGCUGGCGUACAAGCUGCUGUGCGGUAAGGUCCCGGUUUUGGCGACCACGUAUGAGGAAACGUACUAUAAAAUCAUGAAGCUGCAGUUUAAGAUGCCGCCAGAUAUGACGAAGCCGGCGGCCCAUCUGAUCUCGCGACUGUUCGUUAAGGAUCUGGCCAGCCGUAUGCCGCUGAAACAUGUUGCGUCCAUCCCUGGAUUCUGCUGCUCGUGCACAAAAAGUAAAUAGGAAUUGCUGCUACCAUGUACCAUUUAUCGUUAUGUUCUCACUAAGUAUGUUUAUAAGAUACCUGUAACUUUUAGUUUUUUAAACCCUAUCUCUUAUAAGAAGUAGUGGUAUUUGAAUUGAAUAUGUACAAGGCAAGUGUAAUGACAAGUAAUGAUAAUUGUUAUUUGUGUGUUCACUCAAAUGUUAUUAUACUUUCUUCAUGUUCAACAUCUGUUAUUAUUUCAAUUAUUAACAAUAAAAUAUGGCA